GAAGCCAUUUUACAACCCCAACGAGGUGGGCCAUGGAGUGCCCCCAGGGACGGCUCCCCAUUUCUUCAGAAAAUGAUUCAACACCAACAGUUUCAACAUCGGAAGUAACUAGCCAACAAGAGCCCCAAAUUCCUGUCGACCGUGGGUCUGAAACCACCUAUGAAAGCAGCGCCGACAUUGCUGGCGACCAAGGCACCCAGAUUCCUGCCGACCAGGACGCUCAAACGGAGGCGGACAGCAACGCCCAGGCUGCUGCCCAGGCCCCAGAAAACUUCCAGGAAGGGAAAGACAUGAGUAAAAGCCAGGAUGAAGUUCCUGAUGAAGUUGAGAACCAGUUUAUAUUGCGUCUGCCUUUGGAACACGCUUGUACUGUCAGGAACCUAGCACGUUCUCAAAGUGUCAAGAUGAAGGAUAAACUAAAAAUUAACUUAUUGCCUGAUAGGCGCCAUGGAGUUGUUGAAGUAGAUGAUGUCCCACUAGCUGCUGAGCUGGUUGACUUGCCUUGUGUUAUUGAAGGCCUGAGAACGCUUGAUAAAAAUACCUUUUAUAAAACAGCAGACAUUUCUCAGAUGCUUGUGUGCACUGCUGAUGGUGAUAGCCACCCUUCUCCAGAAGAACCAGCUGCCUCUACUGAUCCUAAUAUAGUCAGGAAAAAAGAAAGGGGGAGAGAGAAAAAAUAUGUCUGGAAGCAUGGCAUUACUCCACCACUUAAGAAUGUCAGAAAGAAAAGGUUCCGGAAAACACAAAAAAAGGUCCCUGAUGUCAAAGAAAUGGAAAAAAGCAGCUUUACCGAGUACACUGAAUCUGCAGAUGUGGAAAAUGAAGUAAAGAGACUGCUGCGUUCAGAUGCUGAAGCCAUAAGUACCCGUUGGGAAGUCAUUGCUGAAGAUGGAACCAAGGAAAUAGAAAGUCAAGGCUCCAUCCCAGGAUUUGUGAUAUCCUCGGGAAUGAGCAGCCAUAAGCAGGGUCAUACCUCAUCAGAAUAUGAUAUGCUUCGGGAGAUGUUCAGUGAUUCUAGAAGUAACAAUGAUGAUGAUGAGGAUGAGGAUGAAGAUGAGGAUGAGGAUGAAGAUGAGGAUGAGGAUGAGGAUGAGGAUGAAGAUGAAGAUGAAGAGGAGGAGGAAGAUUUUUCUGAAGAGUGUCUGGAAAGGCAGCUGCAGGCCAAGUUUAUUGAAUCUGGCCAGGAUAGGGCAAAUGAAGGUACCAGUUCAAUAGUCAUGGAAAUUCAGAAGCACAUUGAGAAAAAGGAGAAAAAGCUCCAUGAGAUUCAGAAUAAAGCACAAAGACAGAAGGAUCUCAUCAUGAAAGUGGAAAACCUGACACUCAAGAAUCAUUUUCGCUCUGUGCUGAAGCAGCUUGAGUUACAGGAAAAACAAAAAAAAGAGAAGCUCAUUUCCCUACAGAAACAAUUGCAGCAUUUUCUGAAGAAGUGAGGAGAGCCAUUGGCCUGGCCCACAAACCUUGGAUUCACCAUCCAGACUGCAGACUGGAUGAAACUGUGCAUGUUUUUGUCCCUUCAGUUGCCUUAUGUUGAAUCAGUUAUAUUUAUCUGUACCUUCUUUGCUACUUAUAAUAUGCUCAAAGUUUGUAGUCAUGUAGAAAAGGCCAGUAUAAAAAUUUAGUAGACUUAGAGACCCCACUUGACCAUGAGACUUUCUCUUUGUCAAUUUGGGAAUUAUUAUUAUUAAUUUAGAAAUGGGGUCUUGUUAUGUUGCCCAGGCUGAAUUCAGACUCCUGGGCUUAAGGGAUCCUCCCGCCUCAGCCUCCUGAGUAGCUGGGACUAUAGUUGUGCACCACCACACCAAACAAGAAUUGAUUAUAUUGCUUCUGUGCUAUGGUACCAGCAGAUGAUUCAGCCAUGCUUCCAAAGGCAGUCUAGCCUAGAGGACAUACAGCUGUUUGGUUUGCAUAUGUUUUAGCUUUUCUUUUGGUUUUUAGUAUUUCCUAAAACAUAGGGGAAAAAACGAGGUCAUUUCUACUAAGCACUAGGACCUGCCAUAGUGAGUUUAAGUGCCUACCUUGCAGCAGUUAAUACUAGAUUGUGUUCUGUCUCUGUUCAGGUAACAGGGCUGCAUUCCUGCUCAAGGAUGAUUUCUUGCUGCUGCUUAUGUUCUGUUGUUUUUAGGAUGGAGCUGGUUGUUAUUCACCAACGAAGGGAACAGUUAGAGCAGAGAUGAAGAAAUUAUGAACUGUUAUCCUUAUUCUGAGCCUUCUCCUCCUAACCCCCAUCAGUUAAGGUUAGGAAGAACAAGAUGCCAUAAUGCCUAUGAAGACUUCUUGAACAAUCUUGUUUGGGUUUUUUUCUAGGUGUAUUAUUAGUGUUUUAUAGUAUAUGUUCUUUAAGCAAUAAAUAAAUUGUUCAUUUUAAAUGGA